AUGGCCUACCAUCUGAGGUCCGUGAGUGCGCCUUCUAGCCCUCGCUCCAACGAAACCAGUGUUGAGGAUCAGCUACAGCGCCUGAAGGCAACCAUUGCGUUGCCUUCUGCAACUGUCCAAACCAUGAGCGACAGUCUGAUUAAACUGGGGAGCAUCUACAGCUGCAUCGACAAGCUCACUUGCUUGUCCAGCAGGCAGAGGAAGGUGGCAGAGGAGCUUGAGCACUCUCUCAUCCUGCUCGAUCUCUGCAAUGCUAUGCAGGAGAGCUUUGUGGAGCUCAAGGCUAGUGUUCAGGAGAUGGAGUUGGCUCUCAAAAGAGGAGACAUGGUUGUUCAGGCCAGGAUUCAGUCUUACUCCCGCGCAGCCAAGAAGGCACAGAAGCAGUUCAAGAAGAUCAACUGCAAGGCUGCUUCUUACAUCGAAGGAGCCAGGGUGGUGAAACUGUUGUCUGAAUCAAGAGAGAUCACUCUCGUGAUCCUCGAAUCAACACUGCAACUCCUGUCGAAGCAAGUUGCAAUGCCAAGUUCUGGCAAGUGGUCUCUUGUAUCCAAGGCGUUCCAGGAGAAGAGGGUUGUGUGUGAGGAGGAGCAAUUGCAGAUGUUGGAGUUGGACAUUGUUGAUCUUGAGAGCAGAGUUGAGACUUUGUUCAGGAGGUUGAUCCAGUGCAGAGUCUCUCUUCUGAACGCUCUGAGCCUGUAGAUCCAUCAUAAACCAACCCUAA